ACCUAUUUUCUAAAAUUUUGAUAUUAAAUUUGUACAAAAUACAUGUCUAUGUUGAUUUUAGGUGUUAGAGUUGGAUUAGUAAACUUUACCUUUUAUUAAUACUACCACUAUAUAUACGUUGGAAUGUCAUAUCAAACACAGAUUAUCAUCACUUCAACUUUAGCUCUUUUUGUGGGUACAAAUUCUCUCAAAAUGGCUCUCUCCGUAUUUGCCUUUCCUUCUUACAUAUAUAGAAAUCCUUCAAUUAAAUAUUGCAAACCUACUUCUAUGUCUUCUACAAAAACUUCAAAAGUAAGAGCAACAAUUGCAGAGAAAGGUGAAUAUUAUUCAAGUAGACCACCAACUCCUUUACUGGACACAAUCAACCAUCCAAUGCACAUGAAAAAUCUGUCCAUCAAAGAACUCAAAGUUCUUUCGGACGAGUUGAGAUCUGAUGUUAUCUUCAAUGUUUCAAAAACUGGAGGACACUUGGGUUCGAAUCUGGGUGUUGUUGAGCUCACUGUGGCCCUUCAUUACAUCUUCAAUACUCCUCAAGAUAAGAUCCUUUGGGAUGUUGGUCAUCAGUCUUAUCCUCACAAGAUUCUAACGGGAAGAAGAGGUAAGAUGAAGACAAUAAGGCAGACCAAUGGCCUCUCCGGCUACACCAAUCGAAGAGAGAGUGAGCAUGACUCCUUUGGCACCGGGCACAGUUCGACCACAAUAUCUGCAGGCUUGGGGAUGGCUGUGGGCAGGGAUUUGAAGGGGAUGAACAACAGCGUGGUUGCGGUUAUAGGCGAUGGUGCGAUGACAGCUGGACAAGCUUAUGAAGCAAUGAACAAUGCUGGCUACUUAGACUCCGACAUGAUUGUGAUUCUCAACGACAAUAAACAAGUCUCUUUGCCUACUGCUAACUUGGAUGGACCAACUCCACCUGUUGGAGCUUUGAGCUGUGCUCUAAGUAGGUUGCAGUCUAAUCGUCCUCUCAGAGAAUUGAGAGAAGUUGCCAAAGGAGUGAGGAAGAAAUCAAUGCAUCGACUAGCUUCAAAGGUAGACGAUUAUGCUCGACGAAUGACUAGUGGGACUGGUUCAACUCUGUUUGAAGAACUUGGUUUUCAUUAUGUUGGUCCAGUUGAUGGACACAACAUAGAUGAUCUGGUCUCCAUUCUUGAAAAAGUAAAAAGCACCAAACCCAUAGGACCGGUUCUUAUUCAUGUCGUGACUGAGAAAGGUCGCGGAUAUCCCUACGCAGAGAGAGCUGAUGACAAGUAUCAUGGAGUUUUAAAAUUCGAUCCAGCAACAGGUAAACAGUUCAAAAACAUUUCCAAGACUCAGUCUUACACUUCCUGUUUUGUGGAGGCCUUGACUGCGGAAGCAGAGGCAGACAAAAAUAUUGUUGCCAUUCAUGCAGCCAUGGGAGGUGGAACAAUGUUGAAUCUCUUCGAGAGCCGCUUUCCUACAAGGUGUUUCGAUGUUGGAAUAGCAGAACAACAUGCAGUUACUUUCGCUGCUGGUCUUGCUUGUGAAGGACUUAAGCCCUUUUGUACAAUCUACUCAUCUUUCAUGCAACGGGCUUAUGAUCAAGUUGUACAUGAUGUUGAUCUACAGAAACUACCAGUGAGAUUUGCAAUCGAUAGAGCAGGACUUAUGGGAGCAGAUGGUCCAACACAUUGUGGAGCAUUUGAUGUGACGUUUAUGGCAUGUCUUCCAAACAUGAUAGUUAUGGCUCCAUCUGAUGAAGCAGAGCUUUUUAACAUGGUUGCAACCGCUGCAGCUAUUGAUGACCGUCCUUCUUGCUUUCGAUAUCAUAGAGGAAACGGUAUCGGUGUUUCACUUCCUCCUGGCAACAAAGGUGUCCCUCUUCAGAUUGGGAAAGGUAGGAUACUAAGGGAAGGCGAGAGGGUUGCGCUUUUGGGCUACGGAUCAGCCGUUCAAAGAUGUUUAGAGGCUGCUUCUAUGCUUAGCGAACGUGGAUUAAAGAUAACUGUAGCGGAUGCAAGAUUUUGCAAGCCAUUAGAUGUUGCUCUCAUUCGUAGCUUAGUUAAAUCACACGAGGUUUUGAUCACGGUUGAAGAAGGUUCGAUUGGAGGAUUUGGAUCGCAUGUGGUACAAUUUCUUGCACUUGAUGGCCUUCUUGACGGAAAGCUCAAGUGGAGACCAAUGGUACUACCUGACCGGUAUAUCGAACAUGGAUCACCAAUGGAUCAACUGGCUGAAGCUGGCCUCACAGCGUCUCACAUUGCAGCCACAGCACUUAACUUAAUGGGAACACCUAGAGAAGCCUUGUUUUGGGAGUAAUGAGAUCUCCAACAGGCACAGAAACGUUCUUCAAUUCUAUAAGAGAGUGUAUCGAGAAAACCCGCUUAGAAGAAGUAUAUAUUGUAGUUAUUUAACAUCUUGAAUAAAUUCAUUCACAUUCAA